AUGCCUGGAUGCAUGGCAGCACAAAGGAGCCAUUGCUCAACUCUAGGAGGGUCUUUGGCGUAUGUUGCGAACGGAAACAAACCCACACGCGCAUGCCGCUACGUUCGGCCCCUUGCUGAAACAUGGCGUUGA